AAUUGUUGGGUUUUGGAUCUUUUGUGAAAUUUUCGUGAAAUUUUCCACGCCUGCCAAAUUCAACGAUUGGGAACGAAGAAGACACAACAACAGCCAAUCUCCGAUCAAACGCAAUACUGAGAUCAAUCUAAAAAAUGGAGAAUCAUCUGGUGGAACUCUGCAUCGAUUCGGCCUGUCGGAGCAAGGACAGCGUCGAGAAAUGGCGGAGGCAGAAGCGGAGCCUUGAGCGCUUGCCCUCUCAUCUCGCCGAUGCUCUCCUUCGCCGUCUACAUGCUCGUCGUUUCCUCUAUCCAUCUCUUCUCGAGUAUGUUUCCUCUUGUUUUUUUGGUCCAAAAUCCAAAUCGAGAAAUAUCUCUGUUGAACAGCGGAUUGCAAACUUUUUGGCUCUCGUUUCGUCCAGUCGUACAAUCAUUAAAACAGUUUUCAAAUAUACCAUAGAGGUGGUCGAUCUAAGUGGUGAAAAUGCUGUUGAUUCAGAAUGGAUGGCCUACUUAGGGUCAUUUUGUUACUUGCAAUCAUUGAACGUUUCCAAUUGCCACAGGCUUUCUAGUUCUGGUAUCUGGACUAUUUCAGGGAUGACAACUUUAAGGGAGUUGAACAUUUCUAGAUGUUUGAAAGUUACCGAUGCUGGAAUUAGGCAUCUUUUGUCCAUACCAACCUUGGAAAAGCUAUGCAUUGCCGAGACUGGUAUCACUGCACAUGGAGUUACACUCCUUUCUUCGUUAAAAACAUUGGUGUUCUUGGACUUGGGUGGUCUACCUGUCACCGAUCAGGCCCUGAGCUCUCUUCAGGUGCUUACAAAAUUACAAUACCUUGACCUUUGGGGUAGUAAAAUAUCUAACAGUGGAUCUGAUGUUCUUCAAAUGUUUCCAAAGUUGAGCUUCCUGAAUAUAGCUUGGACUAGUGUCACCAAGUUCCCGAACCUGCCUCACCUAGAGUGUCUGAACAUGAGUAACUGCAUUAUUGACUCUACACUUAAAGGGCCUGGUGCUAAAGUUCCUCUAAGAAAGCUUAUUGCCUCUGGAGCUACACUUUCAAAUGAGACUGAAGAUCUGGCAUUUGUUGGAAUAAAUGUCCUAUAUUAUCUGGACUUUUCAAACGCUUCUCUUCACAGAUUCUGCUUCUUAUCUCAUAUGAAAGCAAUAGAACAUUUAGACCUUAGCUCUACUACCAUUGGAGACAAUUCAGUUGGAUUAAUUGCGUCUGUUGGAGAAAAUUUGAAAUAUCUAAACCUCAGCUGCACAGCAGUCAGCUCUUCUGGAAUUGGGACUUUAGCUGGAAAAGUAUCCAAUCUGGAAACUUUAUCACUAUCUCAUACAAUGGUUGAUGAUCUUGUCCUAUCAUAUCUGACUACGAUGCCUUCCUUGAAGUGUAUUGACCUCAGUGAAACAGACAUCAAAGGUUAUAUACACCGAUCAGCUACAGAGGAAACCAAAUUUCUCUCAUUGACAGAGUUGCAAAACCUUGAUUGUUUAGAAGUGUUGAAUCUGGAGCAUACUCAUGUUGAUGAUGAAUCUCUAUGCCCAUUAUCAAGAUUUCGAAAACUGAGUCACUUGAUGCUUAGAAGUCCCUCAUUUACAGACAUGGCAUUGAAUUACUUGUCAAUUUUGCCCAAGCUGAAAACUCUCAGCAUUCGUGAUGCAGUUUUGACCAAUCAGGCAUUUGAUACACUGAAGCCUGUGGCAACUUUACAAACAAUCGACUUGAGAGGUUGUUGGCUCUUAACUGAGGGUGGUCUUUCAGGAUUUCACAGAAGGUUUCCACAAAUUGAAGUUAGACACGAACUUUUUCACUUCUCAUCUGAUCCAACUUCCUCUGAUCGGCCUUCAACUCAUUCUACUGCAAAGAAAUUACAACUGAACCACAGGAGCAGAUCUACGGGCAUGUCACCAUAUUUUGUAGAUCAGAGGUUGAAGUAUAGCAAAGAAGAGCUACUUGUCCUUCAGUUUUCUUCUCUGUCCAACGGUUCCACAUCUGCCCUUGAAAUUGGUCAGAAAUCUGAUACCUGAAGACGCUUGAAGUAUUCUAAGAAUAAUUAUUUGGUUGAAUCUUAAUUAUGUGGAUGGGAACAGAUAACUUGUUUCUGGUUGAGCUCAGACUUGAAAGAUUCAACAAAGCAUGGAGUAGAAACAUUUGAGGUAGCAUUGCAGAAGGAUGGACAUUGAGAAAAGGGAGAAACCUUUCAGUAGAGGAAAUGGAUAAGAGGUUUAAACUAGAACCGGGGUUCUUUAAUAUUUAUUGGGAGAAAAGUAGACUUUUGCAUAGAUUGUUAGAUUCUAGGAAGGUUGGAGUCAGUGUUGUAGAAGACAAAGGCAUCAAAUAGGAAAUAUUAAAUUUCUUCUAUGAUUAUUAUUAUUCUUUUUACAAGAGGGGAAAGGAGGAUUUGAAUCUCCAAUCUCAGAAAAGGAAUACAUGUUAUUUAUCGUUGAGUUAAGAUCACUUUAACUGGUGCUAAUUGGUAGGUUCAUUGCAGUUGAGGAAAACAAUUGGCCUGAAAGGCCUUCAAGGUUUCGGGAGAGUUUGAAUUAUUUGUAAUCCUGUUUUACUAUUAUUGAUGUAUGAGGUUCAUUACAUUUAGAUAAAGUUAAGUUGCCCUGCCAGUCUCAUGUAUUGGAGGCAGGAAGUUUGAAAAAAAAAAAAAAAAAAAAAAAAAA